AUGCAAAUUAGGAAGAAAGAUGAGAAUGAAUCACAAGUAAAUGAGAUAUGGGAUGAGGAGAUUAAAUGGGCUAGAUAUUUUGCACGAAAUAUAUCUUCGUCUAACAAAUGGAAUAAAGCCAAUUUUCAACAACCAAAUGCCGAUUUAGAUUUUUCUGUUUUGGAAUUUGGAGAAACAACAAAAUCGAAGCAUCACUAUUCCAUAAUAUUUUUCGGAUUUCAUCCAUUCCAUAGCGAAAUGGCCGCCAACUCUCAAUCAGUCCUGAAAGUUGUCAAAGUCUUACGGGCUUCGUUUAUAAUAUGGAGUUCUUCCACAUCUCAGACCAAUUCAAACCAGUGUUUACAGCCCAUUUCAAAUUAA